AUGGGUAUUGAAGAUGCGGUGUACCUCGCCAAGCUCGCCGAGCAGGCUGAGCGUUACGAAGAAAUGGUCCAAAAUAUGAAGGUUGUUGCUUCUGCCGAUAAGGAGCUUUCAGUCGAGGAGCGCAAUCUGCUAUCAGUUGCCUACAAGAACGUGAUUGGCGCUCGUCGUGCCUCUUGGAGAAUUGUCACUUCCAUCGAGCAAAAGGAAGAGUCAAAAGGAAAUGAAGCACAAGUUCAUCUCAUUAAAGAAUAUCGUCAGAAGAUUGAGUCUGAGCUCGCAGAAAUCUGCGAGGAUAUUUUGGAGGUUCUCGAUAAGCAUUUGAUUCCAUCUGCCCAAAGCGGUGAAUCGAAAGUUUUCUAUCACAAGAUGAAGGGAGAUUAUCACCGUUAUCUCGCUGAAUUCGCUUUGGGUGACCGCCGCAAGCAGUCGGCUGAUAACUCCCUUGAGGCCUACAAGAAUGCCACUGAGGUCGCCCAGACCGAUUUGGCCCCAACUCACCCCAUCCGCUUGGGUCUUGCCCUCAAUUUCUCUGUUUUCUACUACGAAAUCCUCAAUUCCCCCGACCAGGCAUGCCAUCUUGCCAAGCAGGCUUUCGAUGACGCUAUUGCUGAGCUUGAUACCUUGAGUGAGGAGAGCUACAAGGAUUCCACUCUGAUCAUGCAGCUUCUCAGAGACAACUUGACUCUCUGGACUUCAUCUGAGGCUGAGCCAGCGCCCGAAUCCGCUGCUGCACCCACUGCUCCGGCUGAGCAACCCAAAGAGAGCGCCCCCGCUGAAGAGCCCAAGGUUGCUGAGUAA